AGUCCGCAGUUUCGCGUAAGCGCUCCAGCAGGGAGUACACCCUCUCACUAUUAUUCGGUAUUCGGUUUUAUCACGUGAGCAGAGCGUUCUUUCUCGUCGUUACAUAUUUCCGCACGAAACCGGGCUCGCUCCAACUACCCGUUUCGCUCAGGCUGACCAGUCUUUCGUUUUUCUUUUUUUCUCUCGAGGCUAGUUUUCUUAUUUAUCGUUGAAUUUAAAUGAUCAGUGUGUGACAAGUGAUCCAGUGAUCUAUGAAUUGUUUCUGUCUGUGAAUAUUUGAAGAAAACGAAAAAAAAAAAAAAUUGAUAAGAAUAGUUGUAUAUUGAAAAAUAGAAAUAAUAAUUAGGAAAGGUACGAGCAGGAAGGCGACGCAACGUGAGAGUCUGGCAGUCGCGCUUGGAAUAGGACGAUUCGUCCGGACUGCUCAACGGUAAGCUUAGAAAAGUUUUCAUUAAGGAUGCGCCAUACGCCGAGGCUUUUUGCCUCUUCUUUAGCAUGACCGCAGAACUCGAUGCACCGAGAUUACAGAUGAUGCAGCAUCGGAAGGAUCUUGUGGUAUCGCAAUCAAAGGUGAGCAACAGCAAUAUCCACCCGUAUCUCAAAACUCGUUGCAUCGACAAGAUGCGACAAAAAUCGGGACACUUGGUCAAACUUUUCGUCCUCCUACUGAUCUGUUCACCUUCGAUUACUUCAGCUGCCCACUACAAGCACACCAGACGCCAUCAUGAUUUCGCGACAACAUUGUCCGAGACUGUAGCUGCUACGACUACGACGAGCCUCAUCGACGAUUCAAUCACCCCGACAACUCUUCUAGACCAGGACAAACAUUACGAUCAAAACCCUUGUUUGGAAAAAUAUUGCGGGGCUGGGCGUGAGUGUCGAGUUUCGCCCGAUGGUGGUGUUGCACUUUGCGUGUGUGCCAAACGAUGCGCAAGACGACAUCGACCAGUUUGCGGAAGUGACGGCAAAGUGUACGCUAAUCACUGCGAAUUACAUCGGGCAGCCUGUAAUUCCGGAUCUCCUCUCACAGCCAGCAGACUCAUGAGAUGUCUUCAUCGUGACGAUCAUCGAGAAACUCCGAAAGCUUUGCCAGUUGGUGAAUCGACACCGCCGACCCUCAAUCAAGAUUCCUCGCGAUCGGGAAAUCACAAGAACGACAUCAGAGAAAAUCUCGUUGACAAUGAUAAUUAUGGCCUCGAAGAUUGCUCCGCUCAAGAAUACGAAAUCAUGAAGGACAAUUUAUUGCUGUACAAUCACGCGAGACUCAUGACGCAAGACAACCACAGCAAGGAAUAUCUUGUCAGCAUAAUGUUUUCUCAUUACGACCAGAAUAACAAUGGCAACUUGGAAAGAGAAGAACUUGAGCAGAUUGCUGAAAGAGAGGAUUUGGAACAGUUGAGCAGGGGAUGCUCCCUCGGCCACAUGAUCAGCUACGACGAUGCGGACAAAGAUGGACGUCUCAAUAUCAACGAAUUUUACAUGGCAUUUAGCAAACUUUACAGUGUAUCUGUAGUUUCAUUGGACAAGUCUCUCGAGAUCAAUCAUAUAUCCGUGAGAGUGGGUGAUAACGUUGAGAUCAAAUGUGACGUUACCGGAAGUCCUCCACCUCCGUUGGUCUGGCGACGGAACGAUGCUGAUCUCGAGACUUUGGGGGAACAAGAGAUUCGUGUUUUCAACGAUGGAAGUCUUUAUCUAACGAGGGUGCAAUUGGUUCAUGCUGGAAAUUACACCUGUCACGCGCUUAGGAACAAAGAUGUUGUGCAAACUCACAUUUUGACGGUUCACACAAUACCCGAAGUACGAGUUACUCCGCGUCUGCAAUCGAAGCGUCCGGGUGAAGAAGCCACGAUGUCUUGUCACGUGGUUGGCGAACCGUUGCCACGUGUCGAAUGGCUCAAAAAUGACGAGCCUCUUCACGAGAUUGACAAGUACGAGGUCGUCGGAAAUGGGACGAAACUGGUUGUUCGUGACAUCGGAUACGCAGACACAGGGGCGUACAUGUGUCAAGCGACGAGCAUCGGAGGGCUCACCAGAGAUAUUAGCAGUCUCGUGAUACAGGAGCAGCCAACCCCCACCGCGGCCAGUGAGGAGCGCAGAUUCUUCUCGUUUCACGAGUGGGGUAUAUCGGUAUACGAACCUUCGGCCUGUCGGCUUUACCACCGUAUUCAAUCGACGGAUAUUAUUCCCGGGACACAGGAAUACGUCUGCGGUGAAAAAGAAACUCCGUGCAGUUGGGGUCGAGCAAUAAAUGUUGCAAAUCGUUACGUAUACGUGACGCAACCGGACAAGGAUCGAAUUUUGGUCAUCAGCAAGAUUCAAAUGGUCGUGGUUGACGUCGUAGCGACGGAUAAAUAUCCGGUGGAAUUGCAAUACGUGCCGGCACUGGACCAAGUUUGGGUGUUGAAUUGGCGCAACGAGAGAGACAUGGGUAUAAAAACAAUUCAGGUUAUUCGAGAUGCUGCACAAAAGAGAAAACAUCAUACGGUACACCCGGAACCAAUUGACGGCCAAUUCGAUCUUGUUAGAGGACUUUACAUUCCUCGAUCUCAAGACAUCGGUCAUAUGUUCAAAUAUGGCUACGUGACUCACACCAAUCAAAGAGGCAUGUACAAACUCGAUCUGGCGAAUAUGAGAUACACGAGAAGCGCUGAUCUUGCACCAUAUAACUGCGUUCCAGCAAAUAUCCAAUUCCCUGCCCUUUACGGUUUUGUCAUACUUCAAUGCGAGGAGCCAGUCACGGGACGAGCCACCGGUCAACUCUUGCUAGAUUAUCUUACCGACACUGUUCUUUCACACAAACCGAGUCUCGUUGGAAAGCCCAUGGUUUCACCGGACUCUCGUCACGUUGUUACCCUCGACAAACAGGACAGCGGUGUUAUUCUCGUAGUCCAAGAAAUAUUACCAAACGGUCUGAAAUUCGCCUUCGACGUGAAAACGACAUUGAACAUAAGUGACAUAACUUUCUACCCAUCACAGACGACUCAUGGUUAUGAUCUUUAUGCCUCUUCGACCGAUAAAGAAGAUAUCCUAUUCCUGAACCUUGCGACAGGCAAGGUGGAGAUGAUAACGGGCGUUGGGAAAGCAAUGCCGAUGAAUUUAACGAAAUGGGGAAAUCCUAACAGGCCGAUCGUACAAAGCGGAAUAUUCGGUAGAUACAUGGUCAGUCCCUCGAACGAUGCACUGUUCGUUCUCAACGGUGAAACGAGAACAGUGAAUUGUGAGAUCGGUGGUCUCGUUCACCCGGGUUCGGUGGUCUGGUUUUCGGUAGCGAUCCAUUAGAAAAAAAAAACACACCAAAUCUUCGAUGAGGUAGAGAAAAAACAAAAGCAGUCAUUCAAUCUAGAAAACGAGGAAAAGCCCAAAGAAAAAAUAUACACGGAUUUUUACGAGAUACAAGGAAAAAAUGAAUAAAAACAGAAACCCAAAUAAAAGUGGCCUCGUAUAGUUUUCAUUUCGGUGAAAAAAAAUCACACACACACACACACACACAGAAAUGAAAGAAGAGUGGAAGGAACAGAAGAACAAAAACCGUGAGUGUCUCGAACGAUUGUUUGAACAUCGAAGUGCGUGAAUAAAGUCAACGACACCGAAUGCCUGAAUAUUUAGCUUCUCUGAUCGUUGAAUCGGAUGACUAAGUUUCUAUAGGUAAUGAGAAUUCACGAGGACAGUUGUAGAAUCGGAAUCACGGCGAUAGGUUCGUAAAUAUAACAUUGAAAAUGAACAAGCCCAAAGAUUACCAAUGGAAAAAAAAAAAGAUUUUUUAACGGAAUACGGAAAAAGGGGGAGGGGGGAAAUGGUAACGAGCACUUUUGAAUUUGUUGAAUAUCAUUCUCAUACAUAAGCAGUAAGAAUCGACCCACUGUAAACAAUAACUAGUGAUAAAAUUGAAUAAUAUUAUUACGUAAUUUUAAUAGAUAUUAUAUUGUUACGUAAUACUAUUAUUGUAAAACGUUCCAAGUGUGAUUAGCAUUUUUACGGAAAUCUACUCUCAGCUUCGAGGGAUGUACUUUUAUGAAAGAAAAAAGUCACGAAGAAUGGAUAACAAGGGGAGGAGAGGGGACAAGCAUCGAAAAUUGGUGGAACGAGUGUCGAAAUAACGCGCAUUGUUUUAAACAAUAGUACGUCGAAGCCGAAGUGAUUUUUAGCGUAGUCAAGGCAGUGUAACUAAUUUUUAUUUUUAUUUUUUCUGAUUUCCAACACUAAAAUAAUAAAAUGCGAGAAACUAAAUGUUUUUACGAGGUAUUUUUCAUUCAUUUCGCUGAUUUAACUAUUCAGAGGAUGGAAAUCGAAGAAUAAAAAUAAAAAUUUCGCACCCUCAUGUAGAUAUAGCUAUGAAUAUCUAAAUACCAACUUUGCUGCAACGUUUCGCCGAUAAAUAUUCACUGUCGAAUGACCACUCUCACUUUAAGGAGGAUUCAUCGUCAUUUUAAAUGAACGAGUACCCGCGAAAAAUCCUUAACCACGCCUUUUUUCGUUGAUAAUUCGCCUCAUUUUUGAAUACACGGAUAAUUUUGAAAAAAUUAGGAACGUGUUCUUUCUCACUCGAAAUCAUUGCUGCUUGUGGGAAAAAUCACGGAAAACUGAGACCGACUGUGCACCGGAAUCUAAGAGAAUGAACUGGCUGAUGUUAUUUUUCUGUAUUUAAUUAAAAUUUGAAAUUUUUUCCACUUAAUUUUGAGAGCCGAGUUUUAUCCUUAAGCAAUAAAACCUCGCAGUUCGCGAUCACAGUUAAACAAAUGACAAGGAAUUGAAUGAUUUGAUUGAGAAAAAACAAAUUUUUUGUGAAAUGUCAACUGGAACCUCUUGAUUGAUGCAUUUUGCUUAAAAAAAAAAAAGCAGCGUGCGAAAGUUUUAAAAAACUUCAUUUGUCGAGAAGAGCUUUAGUCGAAUAUAACGCGAAUGAACUUUUCUCGUGGAGCGAUUACGAAUAGUUGUAGAAAAAAAAAUCGUACUCGUGAUAACAGCAUUUAAAAAAUGCAAUUCAAUUAUCUCAGUUCAAUUUUUUCCUUACUAAUUAUUGAACUAGGAUUCGAAGCUGUCGUAGAAUAGUAGAAAAGCGCGAGUGUAUAUGUGUAUGUAUGCGCGUGUAAAAAAGUAUGAAGAGUUAUUUUGUUAACGUUGUCCAUAUCGGGAUGUGUAAUUGUGAAAUAUCGAAAUUCGAAAAAUAGUGAAUAUUUGGAAAAAAAAUCGAGAAAAUAAAGAUAUGAAAAUGAAAAAAUAGUCGUGUUUCUGCACUCGGAAAAUAAAUGAGAAUCGAACUGCAGCUGACUCGUGAAAUAAAACUGUGCACCAUUAGACGAAGAGAUGAGAAAGAAAAAGCGAUUCUCAAGACAUAUAAUAAGUUUAGUUUAGUAAAGAUAUAAAAAAGCAAAUAUAUAUAUAUAUAAAUAUACAUAUAUAUUUAUAAUGGAAAGAAUACACGUGUAUGUGUGAAUAAUUUCUAAAAUGCAAAGGGCUCAACUUUGAGGCUAGAAAUAAUGUCUUUUCUCAUUCAUUUCUUUGGUUUUAAAUGAUAAAAAUAAACGGAAAAAAAAUAGAGUACUGUUUUUAGUCAGAGCCAGAACUCACUGAAUGAAAUUUCGGUCUUUUCGAUACUGCGUGUCAGGAAAAAAAAACGUAUGUAAAUAUCGUGACACACUCAUACUACUCUAAGCCCUAUUGAUUGAGAAAAUGAAACUUCGUACGGUAAUUUCCGCACUUUUUCAGCAAUUUAUCGCUAUCGCGCCGCCUUGUUUCUCCUUUUUUGUACCUAUUUCGGCAUGACGUCGAACGAAUCGUCGUGUACCUAUGAAAUUAAAUCCAAAAUUAAAAAAAUUCAAAGAAAAACGACGUACAACAUAAUUUUACGACUUAGCAUCGUAACAACACAACAAUAAUUAUUGUAUAUUCGUGUGUGUUUGUUAAGAUAAAAUUCCUUGUAAUAAAAGUACUGAUAUAAGUAAUUUAAUAAAUAAUAAUGUAAACUCAAA